CAACUAAUAAAAUAAAGGGCCGAUCAAUUUUCAGCAGUCCCUCGCGGUGGCACCCAAAACUCAGUGUCCGAGCCCAAGCCCGAGCCCGAGUCCGAGUCCGAUCUGACCCGCCGCGAUAUCUUUCUCUCUCAAUCCUUCCGAAACCCCGUCUCAUCCUUCUUCUUCUUCUUCUUCUUGAUCUUCUUCUUUGAUAGCGACCACAAUUCUUGUUCCUGCACCGCCCUCACUUGAUUCCAGCUCUUAACGCGGCGUCGUUUCGAAAAGCGUUUCUCUUUUGUCUGGGAUCUGCGUAGCUCAACUUUCAUCGCAAACUGGCUAUGGACUACGAACCCUUCGAUAGUAGUGGAACCGACGAUGAUCUUCCACCAGCACACCAAAAUAGGAUUCCCAGGGGUGGAGGUCGUCUUGCUGGGAAUGGUAGAUCUGCUGUGGGUUCAAUUCCAUACCCCAGGAUGUAUGGUGAUGUUGAUAUGGAAGCACAAAUUCACCAACUUGAGCAGGAAGCAUACAGUUCAGUUCUACGAGCCUUUAAAGCUCAAGCUGAUGCCAUUACUUGGGAGAAAGAAAGUUUGAUUACAGAACUGAGAAAAGAACUGAGAUUGUCAAAUGAGGAGCACAGAGAACUUCUAAGUCGGGUUAAUGCGGAUGAUGUGAUUCGAAGGAUAAGAGAAUGGAGACAGGCAGGUGGCCAUCAGCCAGGCGUCGGAAAUACUGGUCCAGCACUUCAUGAUUCUAAUCCCAGCCCAACAGUCUCUGCACCUCACAAAAAGGCCAAGAUAACGCCAUCUGGAGCAACACGGUCUUUAGGUGUGCCUUCUUCUUCAUUUCAUCCCCAACCACUGACUACGCCCCACCAGCCAUCUUCUUCGGGACCCAAACGAGGAUCUGUUCCUGGAUCAAAGGGAAAGAAGCAAAAACCUGGUCAAAUGCCACCUGGUGCACCUUCAAUGAAGCAAUUUCCAUCAGGACGAGGUGGAAGGAAUCAAGUGCCUAAUAAUAGAGUGGGUGACCUAGCUGAGGGUGCAUCAUUUGAUUCAUUGGUUGGUAGGAGAGUGCGGACAAAAUGGCCCGAUGAUAAUAACUUCUACGAAGCUGUUAUCGCAGACUUCAAUCCGACUAAUGGCCUACAUAAUCUAGUCUAUGACAUGGGAAGUGCAAAUGAGACAUGGGAAUGGGUUAAUCUUUCAGAGAUAUCUCCUGAAGAUAUUCAAUGGGUGGGUGAGGAUCCUGGAAUCAAUCUUCGUGGGGGUAUAGCAGGUCCUGGGCAUGGGAUGAAUAGGCCUGUCGGACGUGAUAGUGUUCCAGGGGCCGGAAGAGGUAGGGGAAUUCCAAAGGGGCAAUCCAGGAAAGAUAUUUUGUCAUCACAGAACGGCAUAGGAAAGAAAGCUCCAGAUGAUAUACAAAUACUUCACACAGACACACUAAUCAAGGAGGUGGAGAGAGUAUUCAGUGUGAAUCGUCCUGAUCCCUCUGAAGUUGACAAAGCAAAGAAAGUAUUGAAUGAUCAUGAGCAAGCUCUUAUUGAUGCCAUUGCAAGACUUGAAGAUCUUUCUGAUGGUGAGAGUGAUGGUGGUGGUCACCAUUUCUCUCAUGCUCAAUCAAUGGAUAGAGACUAAUGAAAAAAGGAUCUUUUUCCAGUUUGUACAAUCAUCAGGGGAAGCAUGCUGUACUCUUUUGUAUUAUGAAUAUAAGAUUAUUUUUCAUCUAACAGUUCAUAGCUUUAGGCAUGGGUUCUUGUGGGUUAGGUUAUGGAGGGUGACAAUUAAUGUAGUUGGGUAAUAAUUAUUUAUGGGGGUUGUCUACUUUUUCUUUUUGGAUUUUCUUUUUCUUUUUGGGAUAUGGCAGAUUAAAUUAGGACCAGCUGUGAUAAAUUGUAUUAUACCAUUGCUUCAGUGAUUAGUCUAUGUUAGUGCUUAAAUUCUUGUUUUUAAUGCGUCAAGUUA